AAUCAUCACGACAACUGUGUAGAAAGAAGCGACAGCCUUGGACUCUGCUCUUGUCCAUAUCAUCUCAAUGCGCGCUCCUCCGCGUCCCUCCUCGCAGGAAUGGUAGCGUCAAUUGGAGCGCAGAUAUAAUAGGACUAAGCAAGGAUCGGCAAGAUGAGCGUUGCUGGGGCUCGCAAAGGAAACGAGGCAGAGGGGGCCACCCUCCCUUCUUUAGGCACGGAGAUUGACUUACCUGCAAACAACUCGAGAGCGAGCGAUCCGGCGAAUCACGCUGCGAGCGAGAUCGAUGACCUGACAGACGCCCCUUUUGCAUCUUCUUCGUUGGACAAGGUAGCUCUGGUGCUUCUUUCGGUCCAACACUUUUCGAACUCUUGGAUCUCUCGCUCUUCCGAAUUCGCUUUUCCGCUCUUCUUUAUUCAUCUAUACACCAACACCCUGCUUCCUUCUUCCCUAUACGGCUUUCUCACCACCGCCAUUGCCAUCGUAUUUUCUGGAAGCAUGGGUAGCAUUGUGGAUCGCUUCAGGACUCGCAAGCUCGACUGCGUCAGAGCAUUUGUUGUCGCUCAAAAGCUAGCAGCAAUGAUCAGCUAUGGUCUCUUCUGCUUGCUCUUCUACGUGGAAAAUCUGCAGAGCGAUGCGAAGAAUGAUGGACGAGGACAGGACGGUGGAGCUAGAAAUGCCAACGUGUGGUCCUUGCUUGCCGCCAUCGUCAUCGCUGGAUGCCCCCUCAUCCUGAGCAAUGUAGGUGUCUCGGUGGCAGUCGAGCGAGACUGGGUGACGACCAUCUCCGAAGGCUCUCAAGCCCGACUUUCAAGGCUAAACGCGAUCAUGCGGCGCAUCGAUCUGUUGACAAAGCUUUUGGCCCCGCUCUUCGUCUCACUGCUCACCUCCACAGCUGGCUAUCCCACCAGCUGCGUCAUUCUGCUUGGCAUGAGCGGAGCAAGUGCUGGCUUUGAGCUCAUCUGGAUCGGCACAGUGUAUCACCGCUUCGGCGCGCUCAAAGCCGAUGAAGAUCGACUGAUCGGCGAGCAGCACGAGGCCAUCGAGCUGUCUAGCCCUGCGCCAAUCGAGGCAGUUGGCAGCGAGACACAAGCGGCAGCAUCUUCCCGGCUGCCUAAGGAAUCCCGGACGCGGAUGUCGAGCUCUCAGCGCAAGCUGUACGUUUGGGCGAAAAGUCAGGCGCUGGACUGGCGCACAUUUGCAAUCAUGCCGAUCUUCACGUCUUCCAUCACCAUCGCUUUGCUGUACAUGAGCGCGCUCAGCUUUGACCCUCAGUUCAUCGCCUAUCUGAAGAGCGAAACGACGUACAGCGAUGCUUUCGUGGCAGGCAUGAGGUCCAUCUGCGUUUUCACAGGUCUGAUGGGCACUUUUUAUGCUCCAUUUUCCCAUCGCAAAAUAGGGCUGGUCAGAACGGGUACCUGGUCACUUUUCAUGCUCCUCACUCCUCUCGUCCUUACUCUGAUUGCUCUGUACAUCGGUGUGGGACCGGGAAAGUACAGACCGGCUUGGAACACAGCUCUGCUGUUCUCUGGCUUGGCCAUCAGCAGGAUAGGUCUUUGGUCCUUUGACCUUACUCAGCUUCAAUUGGUCCAAACCGCCCUGUCCACUCAUCCUCGACGCAACAGUCUGAUGGCUUUGCAAUUCGCCAUGCAAAACGCUUUCGAUCUAGGUCACUAUGGACUUACCAUAGGAUGGUCUCGGCCGUCCGAGUUCCGCAACGCUGCCAUCACAUCCUACGCUUUCCUCAUCGUCGCCACAAUACUCUACAUUGGCGUGUACGCGCGAAGAGAAAGGGGUCAUCUGAUUCACCUAGACCGACUGGGCCUCGAAGGCCUCGAGCAUCUUUUGGGCGGCAAGCGAAGACAUGACUGAUUCUCGAUUCGGAACUGCAACCCAGCAAAUUCGCGCGCUGAAGAGCGGCCUCUUGUUGUUGUAAUAUGUACUUGAAAAGCUGAUGGACAGGCUGCGUGAUUGCGUGACAGAGAAGGAUGCAUUGGAUGGAUGCACGGGGCGCGAGGGAUGCGCAGGCGAGGACAUGACAUGAUGGGGUGCGAGAGCAGAGCGGAAUGUGAAGGAACACCAGGUUGAGCCGCUACAGCGAUAUGUGUGAGAGGCGAACAGAGACAUUUGACGCUGUAGGAAAGCAGUGUGGACAUCGAUGAGA